AUGGCCAAGCCACUCGAGUUUGUUGACCAGCUGGCCAUAGACAAACCGGACCUAGCGGAUGAUCUGUCCGAUCUCAGCACCCUCUACCAGCGCAAGCUAUGGCACCAGCUCACGCUCAAGUUGGAGGAGCUCUAUCAAAAGCCCGCCUUCAACCAGGGCGAUCUGCUGGUGCAGCUGUACAACGGCUUCGUCGCCGACUUUGGCGCCAAGCUCAACCUGCUGCGCUUGGCGCACCUCGCGGUCAGCGCGUCCAAGCGCAUCAAGGACCCUGCUGCAGCCGUUGCCUUCCUCAAAGGCGCCUCCGACAAGGUUGCCGAGCUGAAGCUGCCGCGCUCCGAAGAGCCGCUGCUGUACCUAAGCAUGCACAUUGCGCAGCAGCAGCUUGAGCAGGGGCAGGUCGCCGAGUGCAAGGCGGCGAUCGAGGAGGGCGCGGCGGCGCUGGAGCGGCUGCCCGAGCCCGACCCCAGUGUCAGCGCCAGCGUGCACUUUGUCAGCAGCCUGUACUUCAAGCUCAAGAAGGACUAUGCCAAGUUCUACCGCUCGAGCAUGCAGUAUCUGGCGUUUGUGUCAAGCGACAGCCUGCUGCCAGAGUUCAAAGUCCCCCUGGCCGUGGACAUUGCGCUGGCAGCGCUGCUGGGCGAGGGCGUCUACGGCUUUGCGCAGCUGCUGAUGCACCCCAUCGUGACAGUGCUGCAGGAGGGCAGCUACGCAUGGCUGGGGGAAAUGCUGGAGGUCUUCAACAGAGGUGACCUGCAAGCGUACGACGCGCUGUGCGCCAAGUACGCGUCCACACUGAAUGCGCAGCCUGCACUGGUGGAGAAUGAGCGGCGGCUUAGAGAAAAGGUGACCAUCAGCUGCCUAAUCAACCUCAUCUCAGACCUCCCCCCAGAGCAGCGCGCCAUCCCGCUCUCCACCAUCGCAGACAAGACCAAACUCUCUGUCGACGGUGUCGAGUUCCUUCUGAUGAAGUCGCUGUCGUUGCACCUGAUAGAGGGCAGCAUUGACCAGGUGGACGGCACAGUGGCCGUCAGCUGGGUGCAGAGCAGGGUGCUUACAGCCAAGCAGGUUGGCGGCCUGAAGGACCGGCUUGAUGUGUGGAUCAGCAAGGUCAACGCGGUGGGGGCUACGCUGGAGCAGGAGACGAUCGGCGUCGCUGAGGUCUAG